AUGGCAUCCAGCCCUGCAGCGGUAGUAAUCCUGCUGUUCGUAGCAACCAUCACGGGCACUUUUGUCAACGCCGAGGAGAAAUUCACAUCCGGGUACUUCAGUCAACCCGGGGGGCUGGACAGCAGUUACUCCACCUACUGCAUGAGCCGGAAGUUCUUGGUGAGGGGGAAGUAUGCCUGUCUUGGUCUGUGUGCGAAGGAUGAUUGUUGUUUCUCGGUUAAUUACGAGUAUGGGGUCCAAGAUGGCGAGUUCUCAACUUGCGAGGUGACGCGCCUGUCUGCUCGAAAACCGGACGGCGGCGUUGUGAACCGGACUGGUUAUGUCUAUUACGAAAGGAUACGACAUGACAACAGCAAGUGUCGGGAUACUGAUUUUGUGCUGACAAGUCAACAGUUUCCCUCUGACUGCAUUUACAACUUCCAAGAUUGUUCCUGCUACAUAUUUUCUGCAGCCACUGCGACGUUUGACGAUGGGCGUUUUUACUGCGACUUCCUAAGACCGAGUGGUCAAACGUGGCGGUCAGAUCUCGCGGGAUUUGAGACCAUGCGAGAAUGGGAGUGGGUUGAACCUCAAUUGAGAAAUAGGCCGCUUAUGUUUCUCGGAGGGAAGGACGUUGCGGGGAACAAUCACGACUGGCAGUGGCUGGCCACGAGUACGCCUCUCCCACAUUCCGGUAUGGGCUCGCCACCAUGGGUUGCAGGGAGGCCGGAAGCCUUGCCAAGCGCGCUCUGUUUGGCUUACUCGCCCGUUCAAGGCGGUUGGAUAAACACAGCAUGUAAUGCGCCCCUUCCGUAUUUGUGCGAAAUUCCAUUACCAGUACCGUAAUGUGAAAAUAAGAUGGGACUAACUGAUAUAAGCCAUGACGAUCGAAGAGAUGGGUGAUUUCAUACACAAAUACAAUGCUUCUCUGACCAUUUGCUUUUAACAACGACCAAAUCUUAUCACAUGUCGGCCUGCCCUGUAGGAGCAACUCUUUUAAAGUUGCUGCACCAAAUAAAUGGCAUUCCCUUUCACUUUUCCAAGGAAUAAAACCUCUCCAGAAAACUUUAAAAUGAAUUGAACACCAAUCUUUUUGAAAAUAAAAUAAAAUCUAGAAUUUUACAACUCUGGUAGUUUUUAAUAGUUUUUUUAGUGACUGGAUGAAAUAACUGCUUUUUUAAAUUCUACAUAAUUUAAAUCAAUUUAUU